AUGGCCCCGGCCUCGGCCCUCGGGAAGACGUCCCGCAGGAUGUCGCUCAUGGACGACGGCACGCUCAAGGAGCCGGUGGUGUUCAAGCUCUGCCUGUACCGCUCCGGCGAGGGGUGGCGCUCCAGAAUGGUGCAGGUGGCGGAGCCGCGGAGGGACAGGGUGUGCCCGGUGGCGGGGGCGGGGCGGUACCAUGAGACGACCAAGGCGAUCACGCUCGGAGGCCCGCGCGGUACGGUCGGCUGGGUCGACCUCUGCCGCAGUAUCCUCGUCCUCAACGUGUUCGACGGAAGUCCCGUGCUCCACGACGUGCCUCUGCCGCCGCCUGCGAGGGGGAACUGGGUAUCUUACGCCUACCACAAGCGCUGCUCCUUCCUGAUCCGUGACAUCACCGUCAGCCGAAGCAAAGACUGCAUCAAGUACAUCGAGAUGGAAACUGCUCUGCCGAGAAAGCAGGAGGUGGUGACCGCUGAGGAGUACCACCCACCUGAGACCUACCUGGAAUGGUUCCACGAGAAGCCACGCCCUCAACCCCGCUGCGCUGGCUGGAGGGCCACCACAUGGAGCAUGCCGGUCCCGAUUCUGUCAUGGGAGGACUGGAGCCCCGGCUGCACCGUCAAUGCCAAUGAAAUCGUCGUCAAGCCAAUGCAUUCCAAGCUGCUGCCUGGCAGUAUCAGUGACAGUGAGCCCACCGAGGUGACGUUGCUGCCAGUCCUCACCACGGCUUUCCCCACAAUGAGUAUGGAUGAUGAUGUUGUGUACCUACUGUCCAAGGCAUGCUCCGCUGGCGAGAUGGAAGUGGUGAUUGCUGUUGACUUGAGGAAGAAGACGCUCCGAGGAGUGGGCAAGGUUGUUGCCGGAAAAGACUUCACUGACAUGCGCAGCCGCACCACCGAGAUCUCCAAGUAUCUCAAUCUGAAUAUGAGUGCAGAAUGACGAACGGAGGCAUCAACAAGAUAUUUGAUGACCAAAACUAGCAGAAAAAAAACUGUUGCGUGGUAUGUUUUAAUCAUUACUCAAAGUAUUAAAACAGCAAGAAAAACUUUGAGUAAAAAAGUAAUAAUACUCCACCGUCUUGUUGAGUAUUAUUGUUGCUCAAAGUUUUUCUUGUUGUUUUGCACUAGUAUUAAUGAAGGACAUCUUAUAUGCUUCACUGAACAGAAGAUUGUCCUUGAUGUAGGGCAUUUGAAUUAGCUGUUGUAUUUGAUACAAACAAAAGAGAAAGGGGGUAAACGAACUGAGCAGUAGAAAGUGGCAAGGAAAGAAGAAGUAUACUGUAUACAUGUGCCUUUGAGAUCUAAGGUAUUAUUCGCGGAAGACCACACAUUCCAACACUUAAUUGGUGCGAGGUUUCCCUGGAAGCACUCAUUAUGUUUUGAUAUAGUUGCAUCGCAGCGUGGCACUGACGAGAUAAGUAUAUGGGAUGAUUUGUGGUAGUAUAUUUUAUCUUGAAAUGGAUUAAGCUAGCAAAUGAUAAAUGGCA